CGAGUACAGCACUCGCAACAAAAGAACCCAAGCACUAGCAAGCCUGUGCAAACAUAAUAGUCGCUGCGCCCCGUCGACCUGUCACCAGCAAGGGUUGUUCGGCUCUUGGCCGCUGCAUACUAUCUCGAGCCGCCGCUGCAUACUAUGAAUUGUCCUGAGCACAACUAGUACCACGCUCGGAUGAUAGACUUGCUUCAGCCCUGAAACCGCCUGCUGAGCUGAUGUGACUGCCUAAGCAAAUGGCUCAACACGCAACAACCACGCGGCUUAUCUUCAUGGUAUGGCUGGUAAACGCCAUUUUCGUGCAUGGCGAGGAGCUCCUUUUGGAAACCGAGGAGGAAGAAAACGGUCUGCAAGCGGCGCUUGAGCGAAUCCCCAAGCACCGCCUCGCCUCGGAGCGGCUCGCGGCCGCAGACGGCCGUUUCACGAGCCCGCAAACUCGCGAUGGCAUCCCCGAGGGCGUGGACUGUGACCCGGUGGAGCGCUGCGACAGCCGAAAUGUGUGCGCGCGUGUGUGCGCGAGGGGCAGCGUGCGCCUCGACCCCUGGCUGCAGCAGGCAGUGGCGUACCAGUGGCGCCUGUCUCGCGCGCAGCCGCUGUGCCUGGCCCAGUUGCUGGGCACCCACAACAGCGCCAUCACCCUGGCUGACGGGUACGGCAUGCACGACGAGCUGUACACCUCCUACCUGAGGUACCUCAACCUGGUGAACGGCGGCCAGGGCCUGGUGACCAACAACCAGGUGCUGUCGCUGACCGACCAGCUCAACCUGGGCGUCAGGUUCGUGGAGCUGGACGUGCACUGGAUCCAGUCCGGCCUGUACAUCGCGCACUGCGGCGGCUUCCACUCGGCGCGGCUGAACGCGCUGGUGGCGGCGCUGAGUGCGGUGGCGGCCUGGUUUGGACACCCGCCCGUGGAGUGGGACGCGGAGACGCUGGGCUGCAGUCCCUCGCUGUCCUCACUGCCGGCCAGGGACCAGCGGUUGUUCUCCGACGCGGUGGCCGAGGUGGCGGCGUGGCUGGCGGCGCCGGGCAAUGAGGCGGAGUUCAUUGUGCUGUACCUGGACGACCAGAUGGACCUGGCCACAUGGGGCCGUGUGCCGGAGCUGUUGGCUCAGGUCACGGCCGCCUUUCCCCGGGCAGCCAUACUCACACCACCCGAGCUGGCAGACCUGGUGGCGCAGGGCGGCUCGCCUCCCUCCAUCGAGUCGCUGGUGUCGCGCCACGGUAAGCGGCUGCUGCUGAUGAGCGCCGCCGACUACGGCGCCGCCAUGUCCCACACCGCCUUCAACCACUCCUCGCCCUGCGGCCUGGCAGAGCCGCUGUUCCAGCGCUUCACCGCCGCCCCCAGCUGCUCCUUUGCGGGCUGGCGCCGCGGCCGCCCCGCGCUGCCCGCCAUGUCCGGCCGCCUGCUGCGCACGCCCACCUGCCGCCUCACCUACGGCCCCUACAACUGCAGCCUCAAGCUCGGAGACAACACGCCCCAGCUGGACUCGGAGCUGCUGCCGGGCGCCGUGUCGUGCGGCAUCAACGUGCCCGCGCCCGACCUGCUCACGCCCGACCUGCUGGCCGCCGCCGUGUGGAGCUGGGCGCCCGGCCACCUGCCGCCGCCAGCACCCGGGCAGCAGGGGCAGCAGGGAGAGAAGCAGCAGGGGGAGGGACAGCAGGGAGAGAAGCAGCAAGGAGAGAAGCAGCAGGGGCAGGAGGGGGAGGAGCAGCAAGGGGAAAAGCAGCAGGGGCAGGAGGGCAGGGUCAGCGGCAUGGCGGCGGCGGCUGCGGCUGCGGCUGCGGCUGGGUCGUGUGCGGUGAUGCGGUCCGGUGACGGGCGCUGGGAGAUGCGGCCGUGCGCGGAAGCAGCCUGGGCCGCCUGUCGGCUGGAUGCAGGCCCGGCGCACAUACCGGACAGCGACGGCGCAGCUGACUCGCGCUCCGGCGCCAUUGCCCCCGCCUCCUGGGUCCUGGUGCCGGCACUAGCGGCCUGCCCGCUUGGCUACCUACCUGGCGCGCCCCACACGGCCCGAGAGAGCUACGACCUCUGGCAGCGCCUGGCGGCUGCGGCUGCGGAGGCGACGGUGGAGGCGGAGGCAUUGGAUGCGGGCGUGGAGGCGGCAGCUGCGGGUGAGACUGGUGAUGGCGCGCGGGGCGGAGCAGCGGCUGGGGCUGCAGGGGCAGCGGCUGCUGCAGGGCUGUCGCCUUUCCGGCGGCAGCGGCGGCAGUUGCUGGCGAGUAAGGCGGCGGCAGGGGUUGUGCAGGUGAAGGCGGCCCGUGAUGGGGUUAUCAGCAGCGGCGGCGGCAGUGGCAGCAGCAAGCACGCUGACAAGCGCCAUGAAGAAACUCAUCGAUUGGGUGGGGGAGGGGAUGCCAGUGGUGGUGUGUAUGCGAUUCUGGCGCUGCAGGCGCCUGAGUGGCUCCCUGCCGGACUGGCUCAGUCGCAGCACUGAGUGCAACCGGCGCCAGAAGUACAGUACGUGGAAACCGCACGGCACGGGAUACCGAACGAACCCAUAAACACUGGAACGAAAUACGGGAGCAGCACUGACUACACCGCGUUUGGCUGCACAUUGGCAGUUGGCACGCCGUGUAGUCAUGUGCAAGCAUGCAUGCAUGUGGCCGCACAGCAUCCAUAUCACUGGCAUGUGUUAAAGAGCACAAGAGCACUAGCAUGUGUGUACCUACGCUUUUAGGGGUGAGUUUGCGCUAAGUUGUUUGUUGCGUUGUGGUAUUUCUGCGGGAGCCGCGGCACCGGGCUACCCGAAGCGUGAAGCUUCAAUUUCUUCUGUACUGGCGGCAGCGAUGCAGGUGGUGUGUAGUUGCCCAGGGCGCACCUGCGCAUGAGGUUUGCACACAGCAACACGUGCUUAUACUACGAAAUGCGGUUACGGGACUUGCGGCUGAAUUGGAUUGUUGAGAGGACAUGUGCGCACAGUAUGACUAUGUCUGGUGACUGACUGCACUUGAAGUAAAUCGAAGUAAAUUGCUUUGACGGCCUGGGGGUUUCUGUAUCCACAUUGUCACAGCACCAGGGGACACAUGCCCAGGCACAUGCCCAGAUGGGCGCAACUGUGUGAUGUUUGCGGUACCACUCGCCGUAGUCGUAUAUACAGAUUCAGGACACUGCACAUAGCCUCCUACCAUACCCCGACCUGCCCCGACACCGGGGCUGUUGCGAGCAGGCCUAUCUCCUUGUCACCUGUAUGACCUAAAGGCUCAGGGCUACACUUCAAGAGUCCAAGUUUGGGCUAAGGGACGCACAGAGCCAGGGGCUUGAAGCCGUGCACGUUUAUGGGGGUGCAUGUGUGGCAUGCGCUGAGGGCGACGUAGGCCGUGAUGUGUCCCAAAGCUUCUUAGUUGUUACAGUCUCACCACAAGGGCUUAGCCGUCAGCGGCAACAAUGGAAACGAGGGAAAGAGUACCCUGUGUGGCGUUGGCUGUUUCAAUUCCCACUUCACGCCUCGAC